GGGUGGAGUCUGUUUCAAGAGUGUUCGCAGCGUUUUGUGAGAUUGUCGAACGUUCUGGUAAACUUCUACGUCACGAGAUGGAAGGAAAUGUCGCUAGAGCUGCGAGGAACGAAGACUGGAAGAAGGUUCGACGACUGGUGGAACAAGGAGGGAACGUCAAUCAGACAGACAAGGAUGGAAAUACGCCGCUUCAUCUCGCUGCUAAUUAUCAUCAUGUCGAUAUCUGUCAACUGUUAGUUGAUCACAAAGCCGAUGUUACUUCUGUCAACAACAAAGGUCAAACUCCUCUUCACAUAGCUGCUAGUCACGACUUUCCCGCUGUGUGUCCUCCACUGCUUGCAAAUGAGACUGUGAAUGUAGAAGAUCGUCAUGGUAACCGCGCUUUACACAUAGCAGUUAGAAAUGGUAACAUUCCAACUGUCCAGCUGUUAGUGGAUUAUGGAGCAGAUGUAAAUGCAUUGAAUGAAGAUGGACAAACACCACUACAUACAGCAGCUGGUGGAGAGAAAGACUGUCCUGAAUUGUGUUCUAUUUUACUAAAACAUAAUGCCAAGAUUGAUGCAGUGGAUAAAGAUGGAAACCAACCACUACACUUGGCAUGGAGACGAGGGCAUACAAGAACAAGUCAUUUGUUGUUUUCAAAUGGAGCAGAUGUAAAUACAUUGGAUGAAGAUGGACAAACACCACUACAUACAACAGCUGGUGGAUGGAAAGACUGUCCCGAAUUGUGUUCUUUUUUACUAGAACAUAAAGCCAAGAUUGAUGUAGUGGAUAAAGAUGGAAACCAACCACUACACUUGGCAUGUAGACAAGGUCAUACAAAAUCAAGUAAUCUGUUGCUCUCUAGUGAAGCAGAUGUAAAUGCAUUGAAUGAAAACGGACAAACACCACUACAUAGAGCAGCUGGUCGAUGCAUAGACUGUCCCGAAUUGUGUUCUAUAUUACUAGAACAUAAUGCCAAGAUUGACGCAGCGGAUAAAGAUGGAAACCAACCACUACAUUUGGCAUGUAGACAAGGUCAUACAAAAUCAAGUAAUCUGUUGCUCUCUAGUGAAGCAGAUGUAAAUGCAUUGGAUGAAAAUGGACAAACACCACUACAUGCAGCAGCUGGUGGAGAGAAAGUCUGUCCUGAAUUGUGUUCCAUUUUACUAGAACAUGAUGCCAAGAUUGAUGCAGUGGAUAAAGGUGGACAAACGCCACUACAUACAGCAGCUGGUGGAUGGAAAGACUGUCCUGAAUUGUGUUCCGUUUUACUAGAACAUAAUGCCAAGAUUAAUGCAGUGGAUAAAGAUGGAAACCAACCACUACACUUGGCAUGUAGACAAGGUCAUACAGAGUCAUGUAAUCUGUUAGUCUCUAAUGAAGCAGAUGUAAAUGCAUUAAAUAAAAAUGGACAAACACCACUACAUACAGCAGCUGGUCGAUGGCUAGACUGUCCCGAGUUGUGUUCUAUGUUACUAGAACAUAAUGCCAAGAUUGAUGCAGUGGAUAAAGAUGGAAACCAACCACUACACUUGGCAUGCAGUAAGCUUCUCACAGCAACUGGUAGUAUAUUGGUAUCUCAUGGGGCCAAUGUAACUGCUCUAAACAAGCAACAGAAACGACCUGUACAAUUGGCAAAUGAAUCUGUAAUGAUGAAAUUUCGAGAAGAAAACAGCAAUCAUACUUUGCACAUAACAUUAAGAAGAGGUGACAUUCAGACUUUCCAGCUGUUGGUGGAUUGUGGAGCAGAUGUAAAUGUAUUAAAUGAAGAUGGACAAACACCACUACAUAUAGCAGCUGGUGGAGAGAAAGACUCUCCUGAAUUGUGUUCUAUUUUGCUAGAACACAAUGCCAAGACUGGUGUAGUGGAUAACGAUGGAAACCAACCACUACACUUGGCAUGGAAACGAGGUCAUACAAGAACAAGUCGUUUGUUACUCUCUAAUAAAGCAGAUGUAAAUGCAUUGGAUGAAGAUGGACAAACACCACUACAUAUAGCAAAAGAUGGAAACCAACCACUACACUUGGCAUGGAAACGAGGUCAUACAAGAACAAGUCGUUUGUUACUCUCUAAUGGAGCAGAUGUAAACACAUUGAAUGAAGAUGGACAAACACCAUUACAUACAGCAGCUGGUGGAGAGUAUGACCGUCCUGAAUUGUGUUCUAUUUUACUAAAACAUAAUGCCAAGAUUGAUGCAGUGGAUAAAGAUGGAAACCAACCACUACACUUGGCAUGUAAACGAGGUCAUACAAGAGCAAGUCAUUUGUUGCUCUCUAAUGGAGCAGAUGUAAAUGCAUUAAAUAAAGAUGGACAAACACCACUACAUACAGCAGCUGGUGGAGAGGAAGACUGUCCUGAAUUGUGUUCUAUUUUACUGGAACAUGAUGCCAAGAUUGAUGUAGUGGAUAAAGAUGGAAACCAACCACUACACUUGGCAUGUAGACAAGAGCAUGCAGCAACUGGCAAUGUAUUGUUAUCUCAUGGGGCUGAUGUAACUGCUCUAAACAAGCAACAACAAAGACCUUUACAUUUGGCAAAUCGAUCAAUUCUAAGGAAAUCUUGGAAUGUACAUGAUGGUGACCACGCUUUACACAUUGCAUGUAGAAUUGGUGACAUUCAGACUGUCCAGCUGUUAGUGGAUUGUGGAGCAGAUGUAAAUGUAUUGAAUGAAGAUGGACAAACACCACUACAUACAGCAGCUGGUGGAGAGUAUGACCGUCCUGAAUUGUGUUCUACUUUACUAGGACAUAAUGCCAAGAUUGAUGUAGUGGAUAAAGAUGGAAACCAACCACUACACUUGGCAUGUAGACAAGAGCAUGCAGCAACUGGCAAUGUAUUGUUAUCUCAUGGGGCUGAUGUAACUGCUCUAAACAAGCAACAACAAAGACCUUUACAUUUGGCAAAUCGAUCAAUUCUAAGGAAAUCUUGGAAUGUACAUGAUGGUGACCACGCUUUACACAUUGCAUGUAGAAUUGGUGACAUUCAGACUGUCCAGCUGUUAGUGGAUUGUGGAGCAGAUGUAAAUGUAUUGAAUGAAGAUGGACAAACACCACUACAUACAGCAGCUGGUGGAGAGUAUGACCGUCCUGAAUUGUGUUCUACUUUACUAGGACAUAAUGCCAAGAUUGAUGUAGUGGAUAAAGAUGGAAACCAACCACUACACUUGGCAUGUAGACAAGAGCAUGCAGCAACUGGCAAUGUAUUGUUAUCUCAUGGGGCUGAUGUAACUGCUCUAAACAAGCAACAACAAAGACCUUUACAUUUGGCAAAUCGAUCAAUUCUAAGGAAAUCUUGGAAUGUACAUGAUGGUGACCACGCUUUACACAUUGCAUGUAGAAUUGGUGACAUUCAGACUGUCCAGCUGUUAGUGGAUUGUGGAGCAGAUGUAAAUGUAUUGAAUGAAGAUGGACAAACACCACUACAUACAGCAGCUGGUGGAAAGAAAGACUGUCCUGAAUUGUGUUCUAUUUUACUAAAACAUAAUGCCAAGAUUGAUGCAGUGGAUAAAGAUGGAAACCAACCACUACACUUGGCAUGUAAACGAGGUCAUACAAGAGCAAGUCAUUUGUUGCUCUCUAAUGGAGCAGAUGUAAAUGCAUUAAAUAAAGAUGGACAAACACCACUACAUACAGCAGCUGGUGGAGAGGAAGACUGUCCUGAAUUGUGUUCUAUUUUACUGGAACAUGAUGCCAAGAUUGAUGUAGUGGAUAAAGAUGGAAACCAACCACUACACUUGGCAUGUAGACAAGAGCAUGCAGCAACUGGCAAUGUAUUGUUAUCUCAUGGGGCUGAUGUAACUGCUCUAAACAAGCAACAACAAAGACCUUUACAUUUGGCAAAUCGAUCAAUUCUAAGGAAAUCUUGGAAUGUACCUGAUGGUGACCACGCUUUACACAUUGCAUGUAGAAUUGGUGACAUUCAGACUGUCCAGCUGUUAGUGGAUUGUGGAGCAGAUGUAAAUGUAUUGAAUGAAGAUGGACAAACACCACUACAUACAGCAGCUGGUGGAGAGUAUGACCGUCCUGAAUUGUGUUCUAUUUUACUAAAACAUAAUGUCAAGAUUGAUGCAGUGGAUAAAGAUGGAAACCAACCACUACACUUGGCAUGUAAACGAGGUCAUACAAGAGCAAGUCAUUUGUUGCUCUCUAAUGGAGCAGAUGUAAACACAUUGAAUGAAGAUGGACAAACACCACUACAUACAGCAGCUGGUGGAGAGUAUGACCGUUCUGAAUUGUGUUCUAUUUUACUAAAACAUAAUGCCAAGAUUGAUGCAGUGGAUAAAGAUGGAAACCAACCACUACACUUGGCAUGUAAACGAGGUCAUACAAGAGCAAGUCAUUUGUUGCUCUCUAAUGGAGCAGAUGUAAAUGCAUUAAAUAAAGAUGGACAAACACCACUACAUACAGCAGCUGGUGGAGAGGAAGACUGUCCUGAAUUGUGUUCUAUUUUACUGGAACAUGAUGCCAAGAUUGAUGUAGUGGAUAAAGAUGGAAACCAACCACUACACUUGGCAUGUAGACAAGAGCAUGCAGCAACUGGCAAUGUAUUGUUAUCUCAUGGGGCUGAUGUAACUGCUCUAAACAAGCAACAACAAAGACCUUUACAUUUGGCAAAUCGAUCAAUUCUAAGGAAAUCUUGGAAUGUACCUGAUGGUGACCACGCUUUACACAUUGCAUGUAGAAUUGGUGACAUUCAGACUGUCCAGCUGUUAGUGGAUUGUGGAGCAGAUGUAAAUGCAUUAAAUAAAGAUGGACAAACACCACUACAAACAGCAGCUGGUGGAAAGAAAGACUGUCCUGAAUUGUGUUCUAUUUUACUGGAACAUGAUGCCAAGAUUGAUGUAGUGGAUAAAGAUGGAAACCAACCACUACACUUGGCAUGUAGACACAAGCAUACAGCAACUGGCAAUGUAUUGUUAUCUCAUGGGGCUGAUGUAACUGCUCUAAACAAGCAACAACAAAGACCUUUACAUUUGGCAAAUCGAUCAAUUCUAAGGAAAUCUUGGAAUGUACAUGAUGGUGACCACGCUUUACACAUUGCAUGUAGAAUUGGUGACAUUCAGACUGUCCAGCUGUUAGUGGAUUGUGGAGCAGAUGUAAAUGUAUUGAAUGAAGAUGGACAAACACCACUACAUACAGCAGCUGGUGGAAAGAAAGACUGUCCUGAAUUGUGUUCUACUUUACUAGAACAUAAUGCCAAGAUUGAUGUAGUGGAUAAAGAUGGAAACAAACCACUACACUUGGCAUGUAAACGUUGUCAUCUUGCAACUGAACAGUUGUUGGCUUCCCGUGGAAGUGCUCUAAACAAGCAAUUUGGUCAAAAACAGAAUGAGAUGGAACAAGUGAAGCCGAUUGCAACACUGGAGACGACUGUUGGUCCUAAAGGUGGACGCUACAGCUCAGGCAGUUUGUCUAUUUCUGUUCCUGAUGGUGCUGUGAGUGAACCAGUUAACAUAAAAAUUCAUAUGUUUGUUGACGAAAGACUAAUGCCACCAUCUACUAAAGCCAAUGAUGGAUACAUUCUAAGUCCUCUGUAUGCCUUUGAACCUCAUGGAUUAACAUUUUCCAAACACGUGCAAGUGCAUUGUCCUCCUCCAGUUGAUCCUAAAGGAUGGCAUUUGUCACUGAUGAGAGCAAUGUGUGAUACUUCCACUUUAUCUCAAUUGUGGGAGCCACAAGCCGUACUGACAUACAAUUCUGAUUUGGACAAAUUGAAUGUGGAGGACCCAGGCUGUAGGUAUGACCUUACCAGUGGGACUUUGAGUGUAAAACACUUCUGUUGGCACUGGUGGGUUGGAAAGCCUGUUGACAUGUUUCUGGCUACAAAAACUAUGAUGUUUUCUGUGUUUGGUUACCGGCAAAGACCUUCAUCAAAUAGUUGGAAUCUCACUAUCCAUUGCCAUGAUAAUUGUCACGAGGUUAUUGAGAAAAUGAAACGCGGUGAGAGUAGUCUAACUCCAAGUCGUUCUUUCUUGUGUCGAAAUAAAGAAAUGAAAAUGAAGUUUGAAGACAAUAUUGAAUUUAAUAUUACACGUGGUGAUUGGAAAGCUACUUCACAGCUACCGGUAGUAGCUGCUUCUCAAUUUUGGCACAAAUGGAUAUGCUUGGACAAGACAUUUGACAUAACUGUGGAGUUUGAGCAUGGUGAUGAGCAUCCUACAAACGUGUGUAUUGUGGAUAUUAGCCAGGGUGAUCAAACGGUUGCACUGGUAAUGUCUCCUUGUCUUGCUUGCGACAGUUUAGGAAACAGAGUAUCAGAGACUGAUGAUUCAGCGGCACUUCCAUCUGUGCUCACAGAUGCUAGUGCUGAUGAGAAUGUGACAAGCACUGAGUUACAUAAUCUUGCCAAAGCCAUACAAAGCUGUUGGGAAGAGUUUGCUUUGGAUUUAGAUCCAGAACACUUUACAGUCUUAGGUGAGAUUGCCACCAUAAAACGUCAGCAGACUUCUCCUCUUCUUCAAGCUCAGGCCAUGUUGGAGAGUUGGCGUAACAACCUUGAUGGUAAUGCGUGCCGUCGAUUGUUGAUCAAAGUAUUGAUUAAGAGAAGAGAAAGAAAACAGGCGAAUGAAGUUUUUAGAGAGAAUGUAGUGCACAGGUGUAGCUCUGACAGUGAAAGUAAAAGAAAAUAAGUGGCAUAAGGGACUGAUGGAUGUAGAGUUUACAUGCUCAGUUAAUAUGCAUGUAGUUGUAUUAGAAUGAAUUUGUUCAUAUUUUGGUUUAGCAAGAUUUUGUGCUUAUACUGUAUGAAGGACGUUUUGUGUAGUAGUUGUAGAGGUUUUAGACAAACAUUAUGAAAUAUUUUUUUGUAUUUUUAUUUGCUAUAUAUAAUCUACAUUGUCA